AGGCCACGCCUAAUCGGAGAAAGAAAACCGCAGAAUUUGACCUAGUGACCCGACCCAACCCGACCCGACCCAAAUUUCAUUAAUUUUAAAAUUUUUUAACAACACGCUGCUUCAGCUGCCUCCUGCGACGCAACCACACAAUAUCGCGCUCCUCUUCCGUUCCGGUGUAACUUAUCUGCGACGCAAUCCACACGCAAUCCACACUCCAACAAAACGCUCCUUCGGCGUAAGUUUUCUGCGAUUAUCUUCCAGCGACCACUCCACCAGCGACUCUCCAUGGAACAAAUGGGAGAUAAUAAUAUCCGCGACUACGAAGACGAUCCAUCCAAGGACCCGAAACGAAAAGCCAGCUCUAAUGAUCCCGGAUGGAAAUAUGGCGUUUGGCCAAAUAUGAACAACAAAAAUCUGGUGGAGUGCACAUUAUGCCACAAACAAAUUAAUGGUGGCAUAGGACGGUUCAAACGUCAUCUUGUUGGCGGAUUUGGAGAUGUCACGAAGUGCCCAAAUACAACAACAGAGGCCUAUGGAUUCCUCUAUAGCAUCAAAUCCGUCUAUUACUCAACCAAGUUCUGGUUUUGGGAGGUGGUAGAGGAUUGUAUAAGGGCAUCACAACCUCUUUUAAUUGUGUUGAGAAUUGUUGAUGGAGAUGAGCGUCCGGCCAUGACGGAGGUGAUAGCAGCUAUGGAUGUUGCUAUGGAAAAAAUUAAGGAGUCCUUUUCCAACAAAUCAACAUUGCAGAAAAAAGUGAUGGACAUAAUUGAGAACCGAUGGGUGAAUCAAAUGGAGCAAAAAAUAUAUGCAGCUGCAUAUUUUUUAAAUCCUGGCAAGUAUUUUUUGCUCAAAGAGAAGGAUGAGACAUAUGCAUCUAGGCUUCGGGUCUUGUUUAAUGAGGUCGUAGAGAAAAUGACAAUAGGUGAUGAGCGAUUGCAAAUGCAGAUUAUUAAGCAAGUGAGUGAAUAUGAUGAAGUAAGAGGAGGCUUUUCAAAGAGUAUACCAGUGAAGCGACGAACGCUCAUGUCCCCAAUUGAUUGGUGGAAUUCGUUUGGUGGGUAUACUCCGGAGCAUCAAACAUUUGCUAGAAGAAUAAUUGGUCUUUGUUGUUCUUCAUCUGGCUGUGAACGUAAUUGGAGUACUUUUUCGUUUAUACACACAAAGAAAAGAAAUCGACUCGAGCAUCAAAGAUUGAAUGAUUUGGUGUAUGUGAAAUAUAAUCGCAAGAUUGUCAAUCGCUUCAAAAGGCGUCGAGAACAAGGGAAGAACUUCAACCCUUUGGUAUUAGAAGAUUUUCAAUGGAAUAAUGAAUGGGUAGAUGCCAAUGAGGAAGUUGUUCAUUUGGGAGAUGAUCUUUUGUGGAGUCAUGUGGAUGAGGCAACUGGGGCUUCAAACAAUCUUGAGGGACGUGACUUGCGUAGGAGAAGUGGUCCAACUUGCACAAGUGAACGUGCAAGUACGUCUAAUGCCGAGAUUGUUUAUCGUCGACGAGGUGCUUCAAAUACGGGAUUGGUGGAUGAUGAUUUGGAAACCGAGAUUGAUGUUUUUCCUAAUGAUGAGGAAGAUGUUGAUAAUGACUAUGGUCGUAUCUCUCCGCCUGUCUACGACACCACAAUGGAAGAAAACUGUCAUGGUGGCAUAACGUUGGAUGAUGAUAUUUGAUACCUCAAACCAUGGAAUUAACUAUUUUAAUGUCAUUUGACUUAUCAUUGUUCUUGGUGUGUUAUUUUUCAAGAUUGAAGGAUAUUUGCUUGUUAUGUACUCUUUGUUAAGUGACUUUAUGUGCUAUCUUUAAACAUAAAUUUGCUUUGGUUAU